AUCUAGAACAGCAACACCGAAAGAAGAUAAUGGAUCCAGACUCCUAUAGAGACGUUGAUGGCCUGCGCAUGCUCAAGUUUUUCGAUGAAACCAACGUUCGAUUCGCCAUGGGCCUACGAACCACAGGACGACGACGUUAUCAUCGCCACUUAUCCGAAGUGCGGCACCACGUGGACGCAGUACAUUGUGUCAAACAUCUUCACUCGUGGUAACCCUCCCAAGACGACCGUCGACUUCAUGCUCUCCUCGCCCAUCAUUGAGCUCACGGGUGUCGACGCCGUGCGCAAGAUGCCGCGCCCUGGAGCCCUGAUGACGCACCUGCCGUGCGACAAGUGCAAGUACUCUACGAAAGCCAAGUACAUCUACGUUACGAGAAACCCGUAUGACUGCUGCGUGUCCUACUACCACUUCAUGAAAUACUACACAUCGAGUAAUUGCGAAGAUGUGUCCUUCGAUAAGUUCUUCGACCUCUUCAUAUCUGGGAAAGUACUCUACGGGGACUACUUUGACCACCUUCUCUCCUGGUACCCAGCAUCGAAACGAUCCACCAUGGAUUUUGCGGCAUGCCGAGACGUGGACGGCCUGUGGAUCCACGAUUUCUUUCAUGAAGACCUGGUUCGAUCCGCAUUAACUUACAAACCACGAGAGGAUGACUUAUUCCUCGCUACGUACCCAAAGUGCGGCACGACUUGGACACAGUAUCUCAUCCUCAGUAUACUCACAGAUGGUCAUCCACCGCGAACAGCUGUGGACUUCAUGCUAGCAUCUCCUUUCAUGGAAAUGAUGGGCGCUGAAUCGGCGGACAGGAUGGUCAGGCCAGGCUUGCUGAAGACACACCUGCCGUUCAACCUACAGCCGUACUCGCCUCAAGCGAAGUACAUCUACGUCACGCGAAAUCCAUACGACGUUUGCGUUUCUUUCUAUUAUCACAUGAAAGGCAUGACUGCCCAGAAAUACGACGCCUCCUUCGACAGGUUCUGCAAACUAUUUAUCGCCGGCAAGCUGUCGUGCGGCGACUACUUCGACCACUUGCUCUCCUGGUACGAGCACCGGAACGAUCCAAACGUCCUGUUCUUCACCUACGAGGAUAUGAAGAAGGACACUGUUCUAUGGACACUGAAGAUAGCCAACUUCAUGGGCGAGCAGUACGGGAUGAAGCUCCGCGAGGAUCCUGACUUACUGCGCAAAGUUAUCGACGCUUCAAGCUUGAAGAAUAUGCAAGGUGUCUUCAACGAGCAAAUGCCUAGUCUCGUGAAAGAUAUGCUGAACUUGAGCCCUGACAGGGCUAUCAAGUCAAUGGAGGUUUACAGGAAAAUUAUAGGUCACGACGACGAGCCUUUACAUGAAAGUGAAGGGUUCAUUCGUAAAGGCAUCGUUGGUGAUUGGAAAGCUCACUUCACGAACGAGCAGAUACAGGGUAUGAAAACGUGGAUUGCCGUAAAAACUAAAGGUUCGGAUGUUAUGAGUUUAUGGAAGGACCUCGACCUACCAUAAAAGGACGGGGACGAAGGGAGAAGUUCUUUGUGAUAAUAUCUGUACAGAAAUAUCCAACUUUGGAGACAUCUUUUGUUGUAACCUCGACUGUGACGAACAAGGCUCCAGAAGAAAUUCAUUCAUUCUACUAAGUCUUCACAGGAGGAAAUAAAAAUCGUACACGUUGGAAGCCCAACGG